CGGUGAGAAUGUUCCGUUAAUAAAAUUAUCGUUUCAUCGAAUGCGAUUUAACAGCGCGUGUGUGUGUGUGAGUGCGUGGGCGGCUUGCAGUGAGAACGCUGCUUGUGAAGUGCGUGUCAAGAAGCGGUGAGAACGCCGCAUUCAUUGUGUGCCAAAAUAAGGAAGAUUUAAGAUUUUAUUCAAUUUUUUCAAGUAAAAAUCUUUUGAAGCGCAAGAGCACGGUGUGGCCGCGUGUUUAGAAAAAGCGAAACAAAACGGAAAUCACAAAACGAAAAACAAACAAUCAAGAAAUCAAGUUGUAUAUAGAAGAAAAGAAAUUAUACGGCACGUACGCGUAGUCUCGUAAUCAUUGAUUACGCCUACAAUUAGUAUAUAUACGAUCGGGUCGAUUAGCUGUAAGAAAAACUGAAUAACAUCGUUCGCCCUGGACCAAAAUCAAAGAAUCUGUGUCAGCUAAUCAAACUAAAAAGAAAUCUGUCAGAAACAGUGAUUGGAGCUAUCAUUUCGAUUUAAGUAAUGGCCGAGGAAGACAAAGUUCAAGAAUACGAUCAUCGCAUUCUCAGUGAUUGGUCCAACGUUAACAGCACGAAUGGAACCAUGAACUAUUCCGAGGAUAUGGUAUUCAACGACGGCCACCGCUUGUCCAUCACAGUAUACAGCAUACUGUUUGUGAUCUCAACAAUUGGCAACUGCACCGUGCUCUAUCUGCUGACCAAGCGGCGACUGCGGGGUCCCUUGCGGAUUGAUAUCAUGCUAAUGCAUCUGGCCAUCGCCGAUCUAAUGGUGACGUUCCUCCUGAUGCCAAUGGAGAUCGUGUGGGCCUGGACGGUGCAGUGGCUCUCCAACGAUCUGAUGUGCCGCCUCAUGAGCUUCUUUCGCGUCUUCGGCCUGUACUUGUCCAGCAACGUGAUGGUCUGCAUAUCGCUCGACAGAUACUAUGCCAUACUGAAGCCUCUGCAGCGCUCCUAUAACCGCGGACGCGUCAUGCUGGCCUGCGCCUGGCUGGGAUCUGUUGUCUGCAGUAUUCCUCAGGCCUUUCUGUUCCAUUUGGAGGAGCAUCCAGUGGUUAAGGGCUACUUUCAGUGCGUCAUAUUCCACUCUUUCAAGAGUGAGUUUGACGAAAAGCUCUAUCAGAUCGCCUCGAUGUGCGGGAUGUAUGCCUUUCCCCUGAUUGUUUUCAUCUAUUGCUACGGCGCCAUUUACCUGGAGAUCUACCGGAAGAGCCAGCGAGUGCUUAAGGAUGUGAUUGCAGAGCGAUUCAGGCGCUCCAAUGAUGAUGUCCUAAGCAGGGCCAAAAAGCGCACUCUCAAGAUGACGAUCUCGAUUGUGAUCGUAUUCAUAGUCUGCUGGACUCCCUACUACACCAUUUGCAUUUGGUACUGGCUGGACAAGCCCUCGGUGGAGAAGGUCAAUCCGCUGGUGCGCAAAGCACUCUUGAUCUUUGCCUCAACGAACUCCUGCAUGAAUCCUUUGGUCUACGGCCUCUAUAACAUACGCGGCAGAAUGAACAAUAACAAUCCGUCCGUGAACAACCGGCACACAUCGCUGUCGAAUCGCCUGGACUCAUCCAAUCAGCUCAUGCAGAAGCAGCUGACGAACAACUCGCUAAUCAACAACGGUCAUGGCCAAGUGAUGGCCGCAGCCGUGGCUGCCACCACAAAGUUGGCCCAUGUCGUGGGUCUGAAGAGCUCCGCCAAUUCGAACGGAUCGGCUGCAGCGGUGGGCAUAGUGGUGUCCCUCCCACCGCCGUCCCCAAUGACAGUGGCCAUUGCGCCGCUGGCCAGCGACGGCGAGACCAACGAUGACUCGAGCCUCAGUGUGGUCACCAUCAGAUGUCAGGAGCAGCCCAGGUUCUGCCAGAAGUAAUUUCGCUGUGGCGACUCCAUCGAAAUGACCAGUGUGGUUAAGUAAACAAUAGCCAAGAGGGCUCCAACAGCAACUGGAUCAAUUAAGCGAUCUGCUACUGUUCAUCUGGAGGUGUCGGCUUGGAACAAAGGGCGUCUAAUUUGCUAACCAGCUUUGUUUGGGAUUUUCAUCAUAAAUUCUUUUGGCAUUUGCAUUUAGCUAACGACAAAUUAAAAUGUUUUCAAGACAACGAACACGGUGCCCAGGUCAGAUCAAAAUUCCGAAUCCAAAUAGCUUUGGUUUAGGCUUGGUUUGUUUGGAAAACAAAGUUAUUGCUAAGGAAAUACGCUUAAGUCGUAAUACCGCUUACUAUUAGAUAUACUCCGGUUAGUUGAAAUAUUGCUUAAUUUAAAAUAAUUUAUUCAUAGCAACGAAAUAAAACAAAACCAUAUCGAAA